AUGAACUCGUAUUUUGGACCAGGUAUUAUAUCAGGAGCACUGUUACAGCUGAAAGUAGAAUUUCAACUCAACUGUGUCUGGCAAGAAUUGGUUGUGUCGUCCCUGUUGUGUGGAGCAUUUCUGGCUUCUUUGGUGGGAGGGAUCAUUGUGGAUCACUAUGGGCGUAGGACGUCAAUAUUUUUUGCUGGGUUCCUGUUUAUUGCGGGCUCCAUGCUGCUUUGCUUUAGCCCGACAAUUUUGUUGGUGUUGGUUGGACGCUUCAUCUUAGGAUUUGGUGUUUCGUUGUCUAUUACAGCAGAGUGUACUUAUGUAUCCGAAUUAUCUACUCCGAAACAUCGUGGAAUGCUAGUGUCCUUAACUGAAGUAGGAAUAACGUUCGGUUUUCUUCUUGCCUUUCUUAUUAACUACCUAUUCAUAUCUAUCCCUCGAGGGUGGCAAUACAUGUUUGGUCUAGCUGCAGUGCCUGCUGUUUUACAACUUGCAGGAAUGGUUUUUCUUCCACGUAGUCCGUAUUAUUUGUUGAUGAUCGGGAAAAAUGAAGAGGCAGCUGCUGUAUUAAACAAGAUUUCUCCUGGUGGUGAUACAUCAAAACUAAUAGAAUCUAUUCAAAGAGACAUGGCACAGCAAAAGUUGAUAACGUACUGCCAGCUGUGUAGUUCCAAAGACAACAUGUCUGUAAGAAUGGCUAUAGGAAUGGGUCUUGUUUUCUUACAACAGUUUACAGGCCAGACGAACGUCUUGUAUUAUGCACCACUCAUCUUUCAACAAGUUGGAUAUACAUCAGACGAAGGAGCUACUCUGGCUGCACUUGGUUUGGGUGUAAUUAAGGUGAUUGCUGCAAUUGUAUCCAUGUUGCUCGUUGACAAGUUGGGGAGACGUGCUCUUCUCCUGGCAGGUGUGUUGAUGAUGGCCACAAGUAUUUGGUUUUUAGGAUUUGUUCUAACCUUUGAUCCCGUAAGUCAAGUGGUGAUCCAGUGUGUGGAAACUCCAUUGUAUCAUCAAUCUGUUUUGCAUAAUAUAUCUCAAAGUGAUCUUCCGACUUCAAUACCAAAGACACCGAUUGCUCUAAAUAUUUUUUUAAAGAGAAACUUGCCUUUGGAUCGCUUAGAUAUUCAUAAUUCCUCAGACCUACUACAUAAUAUUGGACCAGCCUCUUUGCAUUUAAUUCCCAAAGUUCCUAGCAUCAUAUCGCCAUCAAAUUUGACAACAAAAGAUCGUGUGUUCUACGAAACAGUUUCAAAUAGUAGUUCUUCUGUUGGUCAGGCAAGGUUACUCAAUACGACUGUGUCGAUAGACCUGACGAACAGUACUGCCGAGUCUGGAAAAGUUUCAUCUGUAAAGUUUAUGGCGUUGGCUGCGCUAAUGUUGUAUGUGUUUGCUUAUGGAGUGAGUUUUGGUCCAGUAACUUGGCUAGUUCUCACCGAGAUAUUUCCAACUAUCAUUCGAGGUCGGGCGAUGUCUAUAGCAACAUCUCUCAACUGGGGAACAAACAUUGUCAUGUCAGCUUCAUUUUUGCAUUUUAUGGAAUCUCUAGGUGUGGGCGGAGCAUUCAUCUUCUAUGGCAGUGUUUGCAUAGGAGCUGCUGUAAUAAUUUUUUUCGUGAUGCCCGAGACAAAACAGAAGAGCCUUGAAGAUAUCAACUUAAUCCUAAGAUCGGGAAUGUAUCUGAAGGAGAGAUGUUGCUGUUUUUGGAAGUCUUCACAAGAUUAUUCCGAGUAUCACCCCCUCACGGAGUCGCUAUCUUCCUAGUACUAGUUGAGCAAUUGUUUUGUUGUUUCUCGUCAUGAAAAUUUGAAGUUAUGAAUUACAUUUUUAUUCUAUUUAAAUGGAGUUAGACUGCACCCAGUAUUCAUUAGUUUAAGUUGUAGGAAAAAUGCUGGUUUUAGAUUUUGUUGACCCUAAGAUACUUAUAAAUUUAAAGCAGCUUAUAUUAAUAAGACGUACAGUAAUACCGGUUUAAAGUUCCAAAUCAAUCCCAUUGAUUUUUAUUAAUGUUCAUUUUCUCAAAAGUAAAUUAUAGCACUUUUGAUUUAAUUAUCAUCAAAAUAGUCUUUUCAAGUAGGUUAACUUUGAUGGUACUUGUAUAUUAUAAUUAUGAGAUUUAGAGGUGUUUAUGAAUUUUGGUUAUUUAAAACGUCCAUUUGUGUGCCAAAAAGAUGUAGCAAGAAUAAGCAGAAAAUCGUAGAAUUAAAUGUUAUCUAUUAUUAUUGUUAUAAAAUACCAAAUUAUAUUUCAAAAAAUACCUGUAGUAGCUAAAGUAAGAACAUCAAAAAUUAUGAUGUGUAAACCUGUAGUAGCUAAAGUAAGAACAUCAAAAAUUAUGAUGUGUGAACCUGUAGUAGCUAAAGUAAGAACAUCAAUAAUUAUGAUGUGUAAACCUGUAGUAGCUAAAGUAAGAACAGCAAUAAUUAUGAUGU